AUGAAUGUCGUCUUCAGCCUGGCGCGGGUUGACCUGAGCAGUGGCGCCAUUGCUUUGCUGGCCCUUGUUGUUCUUCUCUGCGUGCUUCGCUGCCUUCAGCAGGCUGGCGCGCGGUGGACGCACCGUGACGUGAGACAACCCGCGAUGAACUCUGUCGGUGGGACUCAUGACGCACCCCGCGUGAGGCAGUUGAUGGGGAAGUAUGCGUCCACGGUAAGGGUGCGUGCGUGCGACGCGAUGCUGCGCCGUCUGCCCCCUGAGAUCUGCCUUCGGCUCCGCCUGUACCUCCCACUGGCCCUCGGCGUUGUGUCGUGGAACUCCCGGCAGGUAGUGACUAUGGUUUACCGCGAGUUGGACGUUGUGCGUAUCUGGAAUGCGCGAUACCACACGGAGCGCACCGCGGCGGCCCGUAUUGGCAAUUGGAAGCGCACUUCCCUUCCAGGGGACGCGGUUGUUGGCCGCGCGACGGGGAAGAGAGGUGGCCAUGCUUCAACGCCAACAGUUGUUGUUAUUUGCCUGGAUUGA